CAUCUGGCAACUGAGUAUUUUGGAAGGCGCUGAAUGCAAAUGCAUUUAAAAUUUGCCCGGGAAGAUAUUGAAAACAUCACUUCUGUGCCUAGUGAUUUCGGUUAGUCAAUUCAUGUUCCGAGGGUGGUAAUUUGGUCAGUACUUACACAAUGAAACUCGUUUGUGAAACAUGUGUUGUUAACCGCACGGUACCGUCUACGAAGCGUACAUUCCAAAAAACUGUUUUAGCUAUCGGCAAAAACAGCGACAAAAAAUCUGAUGAAACGGUUAUCAUGCUGAUAACAAAUUCCAAUAAAAGCGGCACCAAGUACAACAUAAAGAAAAACAUCAGUAAGAUUUUCACCCGCUUCCUAUCGGAAGGAAAGGUUACCAUCUCGUUCCACAUUCCUGAGCAUGAUGUUCAAAUAAAGAGCGAAGUUGUCCAACUGACCGGAUUCCUGAAGGUGUUGAAGACGGUACUAACAGGAGGACAGGCAACAGGCGAUGGUUCUCCAGCGCCAUCUAUCAAGCUACCCUGUCUAACGGUGGCUAACACAAAAACUGCAAUUCUGUCUUCAACCAAAGUACUUGCCACUAAAUGUGUAAUCAAAAGCAGAGGCGACUACCCGUUGAAAGGGUUCUCUCGUAAUUUAGUGAGUCUAACUAUAUCUGAAAUUAAGCUAUGCCGUUUUGAUACACAAAUUUUGCUGUUGAAAAAUCUACGCAUCCUCAAUUUGUCAAAAAAUUGCUUAGAAAAACUGCCGAAUGGACUUGGCCAGCUAGGACUUACCGAUUUGGACUUAUCAGUAAACGCUCUUCAAAACGAUAAGUGGGAUUGGCUGAAGAAUCCUGUUAUCCAAUCUAGUCUUCAGAGCUUGAACAUUUCCGAGAACAAUCUAACCUACUUCCCAACCAACCUCAUAUACACACGUGCACUCGUCCGGAUCGAUCUGCAGUCGAAUCACAUUCAGAAGCUCCCAUUUGCUGUAUGGAGAAUGUCACAGCUACGUUUCCUCAAUUUGGCGAAAAAUCAACUAACAGCCGUACCGGAAUUUAUGAGUCGCAUGAAGCUGGACCAAGUGGAUCUGUCGGAGAACAAACUCGCACCAGACUUGUUGACAGUGCCGGACCUGAGAAUCGCGAACGUAGUCGGUCAAGUGCCCGCCUUGUGGGAAAUGGCCGCCCGGGUUGUCGUAGCACGUAAGGUACCCUACACGGUUGGAAUGAUUCCGUUUCUGCUGGUGGACAUCAUGAACCGAACACCGAUCUGUGGCUGUGGAACACUCUGUUUCACCGCAAAAGUUUACGAACGAGCCAAAGUGAUAAGACUCAACUGUCAGCAUUUAAUUCUAAACAGCAAUCACGUUCUUUAUGCUGACAGUGUAUUUUGCAGUCAGCGAUGCAGCGCGAGGCAAUAAAAAAAAGAGGUUACGUUUUUACGUUAUUUAUAUUUAUUUAUAAUGUAGACAUUUUAGUGGUGUAAUUUUCCUAAGUUAAGAGUUAAAAAUAACAUUGAAACAAUAUUAUAAUUUUGUUAUAGGGCCAUAAAAAAAACAUGCUAAGACUUAUU